UUGUUUAUCCUCCAGAGCAGCAAGCCGGUUAUUUAUCUCCUCAUCCUUGAUGUUAUAAAGCGGCAGAGGAGAUGGCAGCCUCGCUGGAAACGCGCGGGGGAGCCUGAGCCGGCGGCCGGAGACGCACGACACCGCGCGCUCCCUCGCCAGCCGCGCCGCCGCGCAGCCCCUCCAUCUUCCUGCUCCGCUGCUGCCCUGCUCGCCCCUGCCUCGGGGGUCCCCGCGGCUUCCUGGCCCGGGUCCCCUCCUCCGCCCGCCACUCGCGCUCACGCGCGCGCGGACACACUCGCACUCGCACUCGCACACGCCCGCGAGCCGCCGGCCGCUGGAUGGAUCGAUUUCCCCGCUUUCCCUGAUCCCAGCCCGGGAUGAGAAAUUGCAAAAUGGCCCGGGUCGCCAGUGUGCUGGGACUGGUCAUGCUCAGCGUCGCCCUGCUGAUUUUAUCGCUCAUCAGUUACGUGUCCCUGAAGAAGGAGAACAUCUUCACCACUCCCAAGUACGCCAGCCCGGGGGCGCCCCGCGUGUACACGUUCCACGCGGGAUUCCGGUCACAGUUUGCGCUGAAGUUUCUAGACCCAUCAUUUGUGCCCAUUACGAAUUCUCUCACCCAGGAACUCCAAGAGAAACCUUCUAAGUGGACAUUUAAUCGGACAGCGUUUUUACAUCAAAGGCAAGAAAUUCUUCAGCAUGUCGAUGUAAUAAAAAAUUUUUCUUUGACCAAGAAUAGUGUUCGGAUUGGACAACUGAUGCACUAUGAUUAUUCCAGCCAUAAAUAUGUUUUCUCUAUUAGCAAUAACUUCCGAUCGCUCCUUCCAGACGUGUCACCCAUUGUGAAUAAGCAUUAUAAUAUUUGUGCUGUGGUUGGAAAUAGUGGGAUCCUGACAGGGAGCCAGUGUGGACAAGAAAUAGAUAAGUCAGAUUUUGUUUUCCGUUGCAAUUUUGCCCCUACGGAUGCUUUCCAAAGAGAUGUUGGAAGGAAAACCAACCUUACCACCUUCAACCCCAGCAUCCUGGAAAAAUAUUACAACAAUCUUUUGACCAUUCAGGACCGAAACAACUUUUUCCUCAGUUUAAAAAAGCUUGAUGGGGUCAUUCUUUGGAUCCCUGCAUUUUUCUUCCACACUUCAGCAACUGUUACCAGAACAUUAGUUGACUUUUUUGUUGAACACAGAGGUCAGUUAAAGGUUCAAUUGGCUUGGCCUGGAAAUAUAAUGCAGCAUGUCAACAGGUACUGGAAAAACAAACAUUUGUCACCCAAACGGCUGAGCACAGGUAUUCUCAUGUACACCCUGGCAUCAGCUAUAUGUGAAGAGAUCCACUUGUAUGGAUUUUGGCCUUUUGGAUUUGACCCCAACACAAGAGAAGAUCUUCCAUACCAUUAUUAUGACAAAAAAGGAACCAAAUUUACCACCAAGUGGCAGGAGUCCCACCAGCUCCCUGCUGAGUUUCAGCUGCUGUACCGAAUGCAUGGGGAAGGGCUCACCAAGCUGACUCUGUCACACUGUGCCUAAGAACUCUGAAUGGAAAGUGCCAAAUGGCCGUUUAAAAAGUGCCCCAAAUCAAAUUGAAUAGUCUUCAGAAUAGAACCCUAGAGAAUGUCUUAUAAGGAUUGUCUGCCACUUAGAAGGAGUGAUGUCUUUUCCCUCUUUUUUGCACUACUCUUUUAAGAGUUUUAGCAGAUUUUUAGCAGGAUGGAUGCGUUAAAGCCACAUGAUGGAAACUUGAUUGAUAAAGGGAAUGUUGCAUUUGGAACUUUGCUGCUAACGAAAUGGUUUGAAGUAUUUUCGUGUUUGCAUUUUAAUAAUAAACUGCCUCCAAUUUUUAUGAGGACUAGAGCUAUAGUUUCUGCAGCUCUGCUCAGACACAGUCCUUGUAAUCAGAGGCCUCUGGCCAAUUGAGGCAGCAUCUCAGUUUUGCCAGUGGGAUUAGACUCUUCAAAAUGGAAACAAAAAACUGGUUUGCAUAUCUCACCUCUCUGUCUCUCUCUUUCUCUCUCUCCUAUCCUCUCUCCCUCUCCCCGCACCCAUUGCCCUCCCUACAACAGUGGAGUUUAAUAAUUUGCUAGGAAACCUCUUGAAUUAGCUUGCUUAUAUGUAUUGCAUUUGUACUUGAUGUGUUUAAGGCUCUGGGUAACUUUGAUAUUUCAUGACCAACCAUGUAAAUCAUGAUGGGUUCACUCCUGAUAACUUUUAUAAGAAAUGCCUCUGAAGAAGUCCUCCCCAGAACAUACAGUCCUUCUGCUGCAGGGCAGGCUCUCUUUCGUGAGAGGAGCACAAUACAGUGCAUCUUCCAAGAUCACGAAGAAAGCCGAAUGGCAUUAUUGUAUCUCUUGGCAUAGGUGCUGUUAUGGCGAAUCGCAGCACUUGUGGCCGUAUCUUCAAGGACAUUCCAGCCUAGGUUUGGUGCCUCCCACAAUCUCAACCCAAGCACUAGGCUGGGCGUUUUCUCAGAAUAUACAUGCAAGGUGUUAACUUAAGAUCCUGGAGCACACAAAGGAAAAAGAAACAGUAUUUUUAGAUAUCCUGCAUACCCUGAAGUGUCAUAGCCAUGUUACCCAUUCAGAGCCUCUGAGAACCAGGACAGCUAAGGUGGAGGAGAAGCUUUGAGGCUGGCCAUGCCAGGCCCCCAUGUGAAUGGUGCUGAGUGGGGUCACUGGUCUACCACGACAAAUUAGAACUAUUUGUUCUCUUCAAGAUAGGUCUAGACACUGGACAUUCCCUCUUUAUUGAAGUCAGAUCUAUAUGCCUACAGAUUAAGCAUGUCAAAAGAAUUCAUUGUGCAGUUGCAGGAUUUGGUACUAAAUAGCCUUCGAAUUUGAGAUUGUAUAGACCUGCCAUGAAGAAAUUAGUUGGCCAUUCUCGUUUUCAUGAUUUCAUCCUUAGAAGUAGAAAUCACAUCAUUUCCAUCCCUGGCUUUUUACUGAGCAGCACUUUGUUCUUCCAGUUCAGCCCAAAGUCUGGCCAAGUUGACUUUAAAUUUUAAUAAGAGUUUCUUUCUUCUUUCUAAAUGCAAGUCAAGCACAUUUGUUAUACAGUGGACUGGAGUAGUUCGUUCUUUUCCAGAAAUCUCAUCUAGAUUGCUUGGAAUGUAACAAAUACUGUUUUUAAAAAAAAAUUUUUUUAUUAUAUUUCAGUGAUCAGCUCACUGCUCCUCCUUGACAAGGUACCAUCAUGCCCCAAAUUAAACCAAAUACAAUAAGGAAAGACACAGUCCUGCUCACGUUCUGCCUGUUUUUAAAGCUGUCUUCUUCUUUUCAGAAUGCUGUGUAAUUAGAGCAGCUUACAAAGAUCCAGAUAUUAACUAAUGAAAGAAAAAAACAUUCCUGUUCACAUGUGUUACCUGUUGUGACACACUUUACACCAUAUGAAUGGCAUUCAUGCAAACAGAGGAGAAGAAACAGAAAAAAAUGUUUCGAAACGGGAAACACUAAAACAGCUCUAUACUCGAAAUAUUAUAAAGGGGGGUAUUAAAAACAUUUUUUUAAUACAAUAGUAUAAUUUGAUGGGCAUCAAAACCACACUGUGUCUGUUCCCUGCCACUGUAAAGAGAACACUGCUGCCACUCACGUCUGUGAGAUUGAUAACUGACAGAAGUGUUUAGUUGGCUGUUCUUCAGCAGUUAGUUCAUUUGGUUACAGCUAAGUGAUAUUAAUGCCAGAAUUACACGGGCCAGAUUCUGACUCUGGAGUUUUAAUCCCACUGUGCCCAUUUGUUUUAACUAAAUAUAAAUGCACAGACACUUUGAACUGGGAAGGUUAAAAGAGCAAAAGACCAGAAUUACUAAAAACAGAUAAGUGUUUUAUGGUAGACUAUUUAAAUUUUAUCUCAUCAGAACGCCAAGAUUUCUGAUUUGUUUUUUAAGUUCAGGAAGGUUUGGAAAAUCUCACUGCACUCUUGGCUCCAUCUUAAACUUAAGAGUGGGAGGACUUUUCCACCCCCAUCACCAUGUCAUCUGUCACUUUAAUAAGAACUCACAACGGUGAGGAAAAGGACUUGUCUCUAGAAGGGCUCAGAGAUCAGGCUUAUCCCUGCCUAUGGGAAAUGAUCCCCAAACAUCACCUUUCCCUUUUCAAGAAAAGCAGCUUCUAGCUGAUUUCUUUUUAUUUUUAAAGACUGUUUCAUAGAUUAAGCACUUUCAGAUCAAGGGAGUUGUGGGUCCCAAGUGUCCUGAUUAGAAAGGCUCUCCUACGGCUCCCAGGUUUGUGUAGUCAAGUGCAGUGAACUGGGCAGACAGGACCGUUGGGUCUUCCCUCCUGAUUUAGCUACGGAUACAUGCCCCUGGCUUUUGCAUUGACCUCGCUUUGUUGAUUCCUAGACUAAUUACAUCCUUGUGUCAGAACUUUCUCCUUUUUGGGAUACUCACAGCAGAGUCAACCUUCAGCUACUGGAAUAAAUUUCACCAGAAAGCCCUUAAGGCUGUCUACAUUUGACACCAACACAAAUGAUCAAUUAAGUUGCAGAGGAAGAAGAAAACUCCACAGACAUUUGGCAAUCUGCUUAAUGCUAGACCUCGGUUUUCAUCAGCUGUUGUGAGUGUCAUAUGCAGACGUGUAGAUCCAAGGGAGACAGAACAAAAAGGUAGUAUCUCACCCUCACCAAAAAUUCUUUCCAGUAUUUGAUUAUUAAAAUGUCUGUGGUUCCUCUGCCUUGUGUCUGUGUCUUAAGUGUCCUUGGCUAUUGUAAAAGUGCUGUGUGUUUAGUAGUGUUCUGUGCCUAGCCGUGCUGACCGUAACUGCUGUACCAUCUGUCUGUGACCUUACUAUCAGGCACCUGACCAUGGGACUGCCAGCAAGGACCUACAGGGGAAGACCUCCUACCCCCAGGGUCCUUGUGUCCAGGCCAUCAGUUUUCCAAGACUGUGAGUGCCAAGACAAGCCUAAUCUUAGUAGGGAGGCCAAGGAAUAGAGGAACAUUUCUUCUGACUUGAGGCAAGGCAGUAAUUAUUAGACAUAGAUAACAAAGUGGUAUUGACCUGAGGUCAAAGAAAGCAGAGACUCAUUGUAGAAUGCUAGUCCCCUGGAAUUGGAAGAGGCUUUGAGCUUCUCCAGUCCUGAUUCUUGACUUCACAAAUGAGAAAAUGGAGAAGCAGGCUAAGUGAUUUACCCAAGACCGUAGGUAAUUAGUGGAGAAAUUAUGUCUCCUUCCCUAAUACUUUUUAGCCUUAUCAGCAUCUAAUAAAGAUGGGCUCACAGGGAAAGUAAUUUCGGCCUGGGAUCUGCAAGACACUUGAUAAGUUAGGAAGGAUAUAAGGGAAGAAAAAAGAGUCUCCCUCCCCACACCAAAGAAGACAGAAGAUGCUUACAUCAGUAUACAGCAGUUCACUAGUAAUCACCUACAUUUUCCCCUGAGAUGGGGGAGAAAAAAAAAACAACCCUUGGUAAAUCAUGUUUUGGUAAAUAACAAUUCAGUACUGAUGGUUCACAGUUGACAGCUGGAAUCUUAUCCAAUAAUCUAUUCAUCUUAAUAAACCCUUGUUUGAGUAAUAUGUAUGCAUAAUUUAGAAGCUGGAGGCUGAAAAUGGUUAUGUACUUCUCCAUAUGUAUAAUUUUCACCAGCAGUCCCUUGAGUUCAGAAAUGCCUUCCAUAUUAUCAGUAAUUUCAACAGCAGACUCUAGCUUACUGUGUUCAGUUCAACAUGCUAAGAAGGUAUACAAAUCUGUAAUGAAUAACUUUGGUGGAUCUUCACAUGCAAAAUGACAAAUUCAGCAAUUUUCUGUUUAACUCUGGACCUUUAGAUUUGGUCCCCCCCCCCCAAUAAUUGUUUGAAUGUACUAGUCAAAAGUUUCUGUUUAAGCCUCUACUGCUCCCUGAGUAUGUGGAACUGGCCUUCUGCUUACAAUGAGUGUCUGGGCUAUGUGUCCAAAGAGCCCAGAUGGAGCCAUCCAGGCACUGGAGACUGAGGGCGCUUUCCCCAGCUGACUGACCUGGCUGAUCUCUGUGGUCCAAUUCAUCAAGGCCACUAAUGAGUUGAUAUCAAGCUACCAAAAUGACUCAUUAUGCCUCUCUCGCUCUCCAAUUGCUUUCUCACAGAAAUAGGACAUUUGAAAUGGGAAACAUUUUAGAAUGCCAUUAAUGUAUGAUGCAGUAUUUCUGAAUAUUUAUUUUUAUUGUGAUGACUUUAUGAUUGAAGACGUGUUUAAAUAGAUGUUUCUAUCUUCAGUGAAGUGCAUUCUCUUGUUGUCAAUGACAGUGGAAUCACAGUGAGGAACCUGUCACAGAUUAACUCUGAUUUUAGAUUCCAGUGGAGUUCUGGGGUGAGGGUCUGGAUUAUGUGCUGAUUCUCCAGCAGACAAAGCUGCAUGAAAUUAAGGAACUCUUCAAAAUAUAAUUCUUGCUCCUCACUCCAGACCUUUGACUCAUCUUGUCCUGGGAUGAAGUGAAGUUUACAGAGAUACCCAGAUGAUUCUGAUAUGUUCAGCAUUUGGAAUCCAAUAAUAAUUCAGAGCAGAGUCAUAUGUACCGGUUUGAACAAAGCGGCUAAAUGCUUGUCCCUCCUCAUGCAGUUAGUGCCAGAAGUUCCUUGGAGUUAUCAUGAUACAGGGAAAUAGAGGCACAAUCUUAGUGAUGGGACCACUCGACUGUGGGGGCUGAAUUGACCAGUCUCUGAUUUGUAGUAGAGAAUAACUGGCCAAUUUAGCCUGAAGACAAAGUGAGGAGCACAGCUUUAAUGAGCUUCACCCCAAAGCCAGCUCUUUACAUUCCACUCUAUAUUUUACACCAAGAGACAAAUCUCAGGUCAUUCAUCUUUAUAAAUGGAUAGAUUGAAAAAGAGAGAAGUUAAAAGAUUCAUUUAGCUUCAAUUUGGAAGUCACUUCUAGAGCUUAAAAUACUUCUCAAGGGGUCUGAUUUCACAAUCUCCAGGUAAUGCCCCAAAUGCAAAGGUCUUCAGGCUAAAGUGAAACAAAUCAAAAAAGGAAAUUCAAGAGGCUGAAAUUCUAAGACCAACCCAGUCUAAGAGAAGUGGCCAGUUACCACUAUCGUGCCUUGUGGGAUAAGGGGCCACCAUCCUAAGGAAGUUUUGGCCAGACUUAUGUCUAUGUGCACAUGUGAAUCCUUGAUGCAUCAGAGCUACUAAGGGGCUCAUUUGAUUUCCCUUCUGAUUUAGAGACAGUUUUAGCUUUUUGGUGGGCUGAUAAAUGUUUAACAGCCAGCUCUGGGAGACAGAGGCCCUGAUUUGUAGUACCUACCAAUUUCCAUGGUACUAACAAUUUAGUACUAGCCAAUUUCAAACUGCUAACUUAUUAAACUCUGCCAGCUGGAAAUAUAACAGUGUGUUUUCGACAGCCAGUAAGAGUGGGUCCCUGUACAAUAUGAGCUGGCUGUAGCACAACACUGCCUGGAAGUGUUCUGAGUCAGUGAGUACCAAAUAGGAGAGGCCAGCAGUGGCUUUGAGGGACUCCUAAAGACCCUCUUCUCCCAGGAGGGUAUUUCCACACUGGUCAGUUGGAAUGUUUUAGUAAAAGAGGAAAUUAUUGGUCUCUUUAGUCCUAAGGUCCUAUCCAUGUGACCCUUAGGAACCUUUCAACAGACUCCUCAGUACCUUGGAAGAGUACCAGCCCUGGUUUCUGUAAUUUCAAAGGGUGACUUUGAUUUACGACUGGUUAUAACCAUGUUUGGCUGAUCUUUUGAUUUUUUUUUUUUUUAUCUUAUAGUUGAUCCCAUGUUUCCUCUGUAGUUUUCCUGUCUACUUGCUCCUCAUCCUUCUGACACAGCAAAAAAUCCACAGGCAUCUGUAAAACAGUGCCUGCAAAGUCAGAGUGGAGAACAAGAUGCCUAUUACAUUGACCUGGCCCCGCUGGGGAGGCUCCAUGGUUCAGAGGUUUCUACUGCCCCAGGGGACACCCAGCCAAACUCACGGCCAGUGCUUGAGUAUGCACUUUGCUGGGGCUCCUUUGCCCUCAGAAAAGUUUCUAAUAGUCAAGAAACACCACUGAAUAGAACUAUCUCUGGGGAACUUCAGUGGCUGACUAAGCAAACUUUUUGAAGCAAGGCAUCAUGUGAUGCUUUGUCCUUAGCUAAGCUAGAGUAAGGCUGGCCCCUGAAAAAAAAAAUUUUACCAAGAAACAUCUGACCACUUCAGCCCUCUGGCACUGAGCAGUGGAGAAACUGUCCUUCCUCACCACUGCCACUUGCUGGCAGUGAGAGCCCAUCAUACUGGGUGUUGUGAAAUCAGAUACCCUGGUAAUUCACAGAACAAGCUCUGUUUGCAAAUUGAAAGUUUUUAUGGUUGGAAGUUUUAGGUGAAUUUAAUUAAAUCCUUUGGAAGGCAAUGCUGGGGAGAAAAUGUUUUUAAUUCCUGGGACAUAGCAAGUAGCCAUAAGUUUUUAUUCUGAACAUACCAUAAAACAAAAUUAAAUUGCAAAGGACCAAAUCUACUCUCCUUACUAUAGGAAAGUAUCCUACAAGGUCUUUAAGGCAUUUCAAGAUUGCAAAUGCUUGAAACUCAAGUUGGACAUUUUCUAAACUGUGUUUAAAAGACUAGGUUAUACCUAUUUUCUGUUCUUUUUAACAGUCAUUGAAAUGAGCUGGUUUCUCUAGACUGAGCAAGCUAUGUUUUGCUUUAAAUGAGUCAGAUAGACAUUCAUAUGUUUUUCUGUGUUCCCAAGAAACCACAUGUUGUUAUCCUGGGCACAAAGUGUGCCUUCAUCCUCUGGUUCUUUUUCUGGCACCAAAGAGACAAGUCCAUUGCUAUAAGCACAAAGAACAUGACCAGCAGGCCGCACUUUAUUAUGGACAAAUUCACAGCAAAAAUAGCCUUGAGGAACCAGCCACUCCUGUAACAUUUUUAGCUAGUGAAGUGGGGAAGAAAAAUUGGCAGACAGUGGGAGAGAGGGUUGGUAAACAUGUAGAGGUGGAAUAGAAUCAUUGAAGCCUUUGCAGAAAGGAAGGGGGAGGCUUUUCUCUGAAAUAUGAAAUCUAGACCAUUUUCCAGGACUGAGAAAGAACACAUUAGAAACACUCUUUAACCACAUUUCAAGAUCCAGAUCUGAGCCCACAGUAGGCAGCAAAGCCUCCUUACAGCCCAGAGCCUGGGAGGGGGUUGUUGACACACCGAGAUCCAAUCACCAAGCAUCAGUUGUUAGCACUGUAAUUCUCCUAGGACACAGGACAAACACAUUGUAAUAUCCCUGUGCAGUAUCAUUUACGCACAAGAGACAGACACCUAAAUCCACAGCAGAACUUCACAAAUCUGGACGUUAUCUCAGGUCCAGAUUCUAGAUCAGCAUCUCCCACGUGGAGAUGAGACAGCUGAGGUUCAGAAAGUUGGAGUCACUUAUCCACCCAGCCGGCUAACUGGAAUUGGAAUCUGGGUCUCCCAACCACUGAUUCUGCAAUCCUACCCCAAGCUGCCUCCACUUGUGACGAUCCACUGCGAAAUCAUAAAUUAGAAGUCAAGGCAAAAUACUGUUUGUGAUAUCUCCUCUCAUUGAACCCACUUUGGUUUCACUAUUGUCUUUUAGCCUCAUUUUAAAGAACGGUAUAUCUGUAUAGAAAGAGGAACAGAGGUCUUGAUAGAGGACUGAUGGAAUUAGGGUCAAAAGGUAGAAGAACAAUGAAUGUAAGUUAUUAAAGAAACAAGCAAGAAGCACAUGUCAGGGAAAAUAAAUGCUUCUUAUAUUGUUAGCACCACGAUGCCUGCCCUCCCCUUACACACACAUAUUUGAUGCGUUUGUUCUGGAAAAUGCCAUUUCAUACUGAGAGGCUAGUACUGAACUCUUUUCACUUUUCCCCAACUACACCAGAAGUUCUCUUGCUCCUUGGAAGAAGCCACUGCCCUUGUGAAGCAGACUUACCUCUCCUGGGAGAGGCAGCCUCGCCUGCCCUUGGAAACGAGCUGCCAGACUGUGCAAUCUACAGAGACCCAAGGACAGCCAGCACUGCUAGACUGAAAAACUUGUAAAUAUCUUCUGCCUCCUGGGCGAAUAGGGACGAUCACCUUUCACAGAGGCAAUCGUGUGUAUAUUGUAACUGUGGUUUGUGAAGAAAAUGCAAUGGUUUGCUUCAACAGCCUCCCAAGCGUACCUGUUCAGUGUGAAUGUGCCUGCCUCAUUGCCUCACACGCCAAACAGCACUGAAUACGUUGUUUUUAAAUAAACUGUUUUGUCGUGC